AUGAAUGCGAUAGUAGAAGCUGUGGCCUUCCUCCUGGGGUUUCUGGCCUGGCUGAUGGUCGGAAUCGCCCUUCCAAAUCGGUACUGGAAGGUCUCUUCAGUGGACGGUAACGUUAUCACCACAUCGACCAUCUAUGAAAACCUGUGGAUGUCCUGUGCAACUGACUCCACAGGAGUUCACAACUGCCGGGAUUUCCCAUCGUUGCUUGCACUUAAUGGGUACAUUCAGGCCUCCCGGGCCCUCAUGAUCGCUUCCAUUGUGUUUGGGACGUUCGGGCUGGUGGCAACUCUUGUUGGAAUGAAGUGCUCUAAAAUAGGAGGAGAAAACUACGUCCUGAAGGGAAGGAUUGCUGCCAUCGGAGGAGGUUUCUUCUUACUCCAAGGGAUUUGCACCAUGAUUGCUGUAUCUUGGUAUGCAGCCAACAUCACACAGCAGUUCUUUGACCAGUUUUACCCCGGGACAAAGUAUGAGAUCGGAGAGGGCCUGUAUAUCGGCUGGUCUUCAGCCAUACUGGCCAUUUGUGGGGGGGCGUGUCUGAUGUGCGCUUGUAAACUCAACACACCCAAGGAAAAAAUCCCAUAUCCGUACCAACCAUCCUCCAGAGGACGUGCGCCCCCGACGGUGGCGACGUCUCAGUCUGCACCGACACACUAUGACAGAAAUGCAUAUGUGUGAGAGGCGUUGUGUAUCGGGGUCAAUGUAC